CAUGUGAAAUAAUUUCGAAUCGCAAUUAAUAUUGCAUGAACAAACAGACCAUAAGUAUAUGUUUCACUUAAAAAAAAAAAAGAAAGAAUUGAAAGUCGUUCGUGCUGAUCUGAAGACUAAUCCAGGCAGGUUAGUCUGCAUUUGUUCAAUUGAUAGCAUCCAAUGAUGGGAGACAAAGAAAUCCCCAAGAAAGAAGUUGGGAAUGGCUCCAAGAAGAAGAAGAAGAAGAGAGGUGGUUCAAAGAGGAGAAUGACUUCUGAACAGACUUUGGCAUACAAUUGUGUGAGUGAAUGGGUUUUCUUGGACCGUUCUCACUCACCCACUGACGAUUUUGCACUUCCCUGGAAUCAACCCAAAGAAAAGUUAGGCUUUGAAUUUCAUUCUCAUUCUAUUCAUAGUGACGGGUUCUUAUCACCUUCCAAGCUCGUCGAAAGAGCCCACCAAAAUGGGGUUGCAAACUUCAUGAUGUGUUUCGUGUCACUUCUUAAGCUAUUCAAGGGUGAGGUGAAAGUUCUUUCAUUGACAGAUCAUGAUACUCUAUCUGGCAUCCCUGAAGCACUGGAAGCAGCUAGUAGAUUUGGGAUUAAAAUUAUCCCUGGGGUUGAAAUUAGUACAAUGUUUACCCAAGGGAGGGACUCUGCAUCAGAUGAACCAGUGCACAUUCUUGCAUACUACAGCAGUUGUGGCCCAGCUAAAUUUGAUCAAGUAGACAAGUACCUGAGUAGUAUACGGGGUGGACGUUUCCUCCGUGCGGAGAACAUGAUUUUAAAACUUAACAAACUGAAGUUGCCACUUAAGUGGGAGCAGGUAGCAAAAAUUGCAGGAAAGGGAGUUGCUCCAGGGAGGCUGCAUGUUGCCCGUGCUAUGGUUGAAGCUGGCCAUGUAGAGAAUCUAAGACAGGCAUUUUCCCGAUAUCUUUACGACGGAGGACCUGCUUAUGCUACGGGAAGCGAGCCACUUGCAGAGGAAGCCGUCCAAUUUAUAUGUGAGACAGGAGGUGUAGCAGUUUUGGCACAUCCAUGGGCAUUAAAAGAUCCAAUUGCUGUUGUUAGAAGAUUGAAAGAAGUUGGCCUACAUGGUAUAGAGGCCUACAGGAGUGAUGGAAAAGUAGCAGCAUACAGUGACCUUGCAGAUGCUUAUGAUCUGCUGAAGCUUGGGGGUUCAGAUUUCCACGGAAGAGGAGGGAAGCAGGAGUCUGAGGUGGGAAGUGUGAGCCUUCCAAUGCUGGCCGUGCAUGAAUUUCUGAAGGUGGCCCGCCCUAUCUGGGUCAGAGCAAUUAAGGAAAUUCUGGAGAAUUACAUAAAAUAUCCCUCAGAAACGAACUUACAACUUAUUAUGAGUUUUGGAAAGCCAAAAGUUUGCAGGGGCAUUUCUCCUGCAAGUUGUCCUGGUGAUUUUAUUAGCCGAUGCUUAUCAUUGUGGUUUACAAGUGAAGAGAGACAGAAUUCGGAAUUUGAAGCCAUCAAACUGAAGCUUGCAGCCAUCUCUAUCAAUCAAUGAUAGAAACAGGUUCUGCAAUGCGGCAACGAGGAUAUCCAUUUUUGCCAUAAUUUUGGGACUCCAUAGCUUCAGAUAUCUAUCUUCUAUCCAUAUUCCUGUAAUUGUGGUCACAGAAGAGAUGUAGCACAUCUCAUAGGCAAGGAAAACUGUGUUUUUCUAAUCUUUUUGGCCUUUUCUUCUUCUCUUCCUUUUUUUUUUUUGGUUUGUUUUUAUGUUUGUUUAAACUUAUUAAAAAUUACUGUUAAUUAAUCAAUUAAAUGGGGAAGUCAUUCGAUAAAAUGAAAGGUAAAACUUCAAUUUUCUAAA